AUGCCUCUACACGUCCACCAACUCUCUCCCUCCAACCCCCUCGACCACCAGUACAUCCCGGCCAUCGCGCGGAUCCACCUCGCGGCCUGGCUGACCGUGCCGCUCAUGCGGGCCAUCUACCACGGGCCCCCGGAGGCGUAUCCGGGGUAUAUCGCGUCGAUGGUGGAGCGGCAUUCGCAGGCCUUUUCCAACGAGAGGAAUUGUCGGUUCGGGGUCGUGGUGGAUGACAGUCUGGUUGAGGACGAGGAUGAGGAUGAUGACGACGUGGUGGGAGAGACGGAGAGGGAUGGGAUGACGGGGAAAGACCAGAGGACGAGAAAGGAGGGCAACGGAAAGAAUAAGGGCAAGGUCAUCGCCGCCAUCAAGUACUACAUCAAGGACACAAACACCGAUACCAACACCACCGACAGUCACACCGAGGACGAACCCACACCCUCCGCCUCAUCAUCCACGACGACCGACCGCCCCUGGCCCGCCUCCACGCACUCCGCGCUCGCCUCGUCGUUCUGGUCCCAACUGGUCGCCUCGCGACGGCAACUCACCGCCCUCCUGGGCCCCCACAUCCUCGUGGACAACCUGUACACGGACCCGAGGCACCACCGCCGCGGCGCCGGGUCGAUGCUGAUGCGGCACGCGUGCGCCGAGGCCGACGCGCGCGGGUGGCCGAGCAUGCUGGAGGCGUCGCCCAAGGGGGUCGGGGUGUACGAGGCGGUGGGGUUCGAGAGGUUCAGUCUCUCAGGAGCGCCAGACGGGGCGGAGAUCUGGGUCGAUCUCCGCCGCUGGGAGGGCGGGGGGGACAGGGGCGUCGAAUUCUCCGAGAAGAGACUCGAACGGGAAUUGGAGCGGGACGGGAAGAGAGGUGACGGCUGGUAUUGUCAGGUUCUCAUGGUGAGGCCUGCUGCUACCAAGGCCGGGACCGGCUCCCAAAAAGAAGUGGCUGAAGUAGGAACCGGCGAGGCUGCUGUCGUAUAG